AUGGAGAGCUGGACAGAGGAGACCCUGGUGAGUUGGACUGAGAACACGAGCAGAACACGCAGCGAAGACAACCAGGAGCUUGACAAGGAACACGAGAAGUCGGGCAGCAGGGACUGCAGGGACCCGGGGAAUAAGGGAGCCCUGCACAGGACCAUGGGACAGUGA